CCAUACCGCUCUGGUGCAAUUUCUAACAAGUGACGCGGGAUUGGAGAAGAAACUCUGGAUUCUGGUUUGGACAAAUUCCCGCGAUAAUUUUUUCCAUCGAACUCCGCAGCGACGGCGGAACCAAAAACCAACCCAGCCGUCCUUUCAGUUGAACCUCACCUCGACCUGGCUCAAGCUGAAUUCUGGGAGCUGUGUGACAGCACCAAUUUGUCUUCAAGAUGCCUGUCGUUAACGUCGAUGACCUCGUUCGUCUCCAACGGAAGCCCAAUGACAUCCGGAAUAUUUGCAUUCUCGCACACGUUGAUCAUGGCAAAACAUCCUUGACGGAUAGUCUGAUCGCCACCAAUGGUAUCAUCUCGCCCAAGUUGGCGGGCAAGAUCCGCUACCUGGACUCGCGUCCCGACGAGCAGCUUCGAGGUAUCACCAUGGAGUCGUCGGCCAUCUCCCUGUUCUUCUCCAUGAUGCGCCGUCCUGCUCCCGACGCCGCCCCGGAGCCUAAAGAGUAUUUGAUCAAUUUGAUCGACUCCCCGGGACACAUCGAUUUCAGCAGCGAGGUAUCGACUGCGUCGCGUCUAUGUGAUGGUGCCGUGGUCUUGGUCGAUGCCGUCGAGGGUGUCUGCAGUCAGACUGUCACCGUGCUGCGUCAAGCCUGGGUGGAGCAGCUGAAGCCCAUCCUAGUGAUUAACAAGAUUGACAGGUUGGUGACGGAGUUGAAGAUGAGCCCUAGUGAGGCGUACUCGCAUAUGAGCAAACUUCUUGAGCAGGUCAACGCAGUCAUUGGUAGUUUCUACCAGGGAGAGCGGAUGGAGGAGGAUCUCCAAUGGCGAGAGCGCAUGGAGGAGCGGGUGAACAAGAAGCAAGAUCAUGACGAGGAGCAAAUGGCCGAAUACGAGGAGAAGGACGACGAGGACCUGUACUUUGCACCAGAGAAGAACAACGUCAUCUUUUGCAGUGCGGUCGAUGGCUGGGCCUUCACAGUUCGACAGUUUGCUGUGAUCUACGAGAAGAAGCUCGGAAUUAAGCGUGCGGUUCUGGAAAAGGUUCUCUGGGGAGACUACUACCUGGAUCCCAAGACCAAGCGAGUCCUAGGCCAGAAGCAUCUGAAGGGCCGGGCCCUCAAGCCCAUGUUCGUUCAGCUUGUAUUGGACAGUAUCUGGGCAGCAUACGAAGCGACGACCGGUGGAGGCUCAGGAAGAGGCGACCCGGCCUUGCUGGAAAAGAUUACCAAGUCUUUGAACAUUAACAUCCCUCCAUACAUUCUGCGCUCCCGCGACCCUAAGAAUAUCAUGACCACUUUGUUCUCGAUGUGGCUGCCUCUCUCGACAGCUGUCCUCGUCUCCGUCAUCGAGUACCUUCCCAGUCCGCCAGCAGCCCAAGCAACACGUCUACCGGCUUUGAUUGCAGACUCUCCCGGAGCAGACUUCGUCGACCAGAAGGUGAAAGACGCAAUGAUCAGCUUCAAGACCGAGCCGAACGAGCCAGUUGUCGCCUACGUCAGUAAGAUGGUCGCCAUCCCAGAGAGCGAACUGUCUUCGAGCAAGAAACGCUCCGGUACCACCAUGUCCGCCGAUGAAGCGCGGGAGAUUGCCCGCAAAAAGAGAGAGGAAAUCGCGAAGAUGCAGGCGGAAGCCGGCGGCCAGCAGCAAGACGAUUUCUCACGCGUGACGUCUGCCCUUGAACGGACAUAUCUCGACGAUCCGCCAGCUGAGACAGAGGAGAAAGAGGACCCCGAGCAUCUGAUCGGCUUCGCAAGACUGUACUCGGGUACGCUCUCGGUGGGAGACUCGGUGUACGUGAUCGCGCCCAAAUUCAACCCGGAGAACCCCCAUGCUAGUCCCGAGCCUCAGAAGGUCACAGUCACCGAUCUGUACCUUCUAAUGGGCCGGAGUUUGGAGCCGCUCCAGUCCGUACCUGCGGGUGUUGUUUUCGGUAUCGGAGGUCUUGCCGGCCACGUCCUGAAGACGGGAACGCUGUGCUCGCAGCUGGAGGGCAGUAUCAACCUGGCUGGUGUUUCGUUGAACACGCCUCCUAUCGUCCGAGUCGCCUUGGAGCCCGUGAACCCGGCCGACCUGAGUAAGAUGGUCACUGGCCUGCGACUCCUCGAGCAGAGCGACCCCUGCGCGCAAUACGAGGUCCUCGACAGCGGUGAACAUGUGAUUCUGACAGCCGGUGAAUUGCACCUGGAGCGCUGCAUCAAGGAUCUCCGCGAGCGUUUUGCCAAAUGUGACAUCCAGACCGGUCAGACCAUCGUACCCUACCGCGAGACCAUCACUAGCGCCCCGGAAAUGGCAGCCCCGAAGAACCCCGAGCUCGGCCGCGGGGGCAUCCUGGCCGUAUCUCCCUCGAAGCAACUCACCAUGCGACUCCGCGUGGUGCCCCUGCCAACUGUCGUCACGGAGUUCUUUUCCAAGCACGUCGGGACCAUCAAGCGCCUCCAGACUCAGAAGCGAACGGCUGCGGAGAACAAAUCCGGUGGCGCCGACAACGAGGGCACAGCGGACAGCAACCAGCCCGUGGAAGCCAGCGAAGCCAGCGAAGCCACGACGGACGAAGCCCGCGAAGCGACCCUCCUCUCAUUGAAGGACUUCCGCGCCGAACUCAACAAGAUCUUCGAAGAAGAGGUCAAGGAGGACAAGGAGCUGUGGAAGAACGUGGUCGACCGGAUCACGGCGUUUGGACCGAGACGAGUCGGGCCCAACAUCCUGGUAGAUGCCACCGCGGUGAACACCUGCGAGAAAUUCCUCCUCGACGACCCCAACAAACAACCCACCGUCAACCCGGACACGACGAACAACCGCGAAGCCCUGAUCGUCCGGGACUUCAACGACAAGAUCGCGUACGCCUUCCAACUCGCAACGGGCCAAGGCCCGCUCUGCCAGGAACCGAUGCAAGGCGUGGCCGUCUUCCUGGAGGAGCUAAGCGUGAACUCGGCCAACGGUGAAGACCUAGACCUCGGGCGCCUGACGGGCGAAGCAAUCCGACUAGUCCGCGAAAGCAUCUCACAGGGCUUCCUGGACUGGAGCCCGCGAAUCAUGCUGGCAAUGUACAGUUGCGAGAUCCAAGCAUCGACCGAAGUCCUCGGCCGCGUCUACGGCGUCAUCACGCGACGCCGCGGCCGCAUCCUCUCGGAGACAAUGAAAGAAGGCACGCCGUUCUUCACCAUCUUGGCGCUCCUGCCCGUGGCCGAGUCGUUCGGCUUCGCGGACGAGAUCCGCAAGCGCACGUCCGGCGCCGCGCAGCCGCAGCUCAUCUUCGCUGGCUACGAGGCCCUGGACGAGGACCCCUUCUGGGUGCCUGCUACCGAGGAGGAGCUGGAGGACCUGGGCGAGCUCGCAGACCGCGAGAACGUUGCCAAGCGGUAUAUGGAUGCUGUGCGCCGCCGGAAGGGGUUGGUGGUGCAGGGCCGUAAGUUGAUUGAUGCUGAGAAGCAGAAGACGUUGAAGAAGUAGUAGUUUCUUUUCUUUUAACAAAAAGGGUGGAGUGGGGGGCUUAGAGCCUAGGGAAGGUGAGUGGGUAUAUAUGAUUUAGAAUCGAGAUGCGGU